AUGGAUAAAAUACUAUUGAUUCUAUCAUCAAUAUUAAUAGGUCUUACACUAAUCUUAAUUCAGUAUUUAAUCCAAACAAACAAUCUAACAAAUCCAAUCAAAUUUUUAAAUCCUUCCUCCCUAGUACCAAAUAAAUCAUCAAAAAAUUUAAAUAAACCAACUUUUUUAAUAUGUGGAAUAAAUAAUAGUGGAAAAACGUCAUUAUUUUAUAAAUUAACUACUGGUGAAUUUAAAUUAACAAUAUCAUCAAUUGAAAAAAAUAUUGGGGAAAUAAAUUUACCUUUUGCAAAACCUUCAAUAAGUAAAAAAUUUCAAAUUAUUGAUUAUCCAGGACAUUUAAAAUAUUGGAAUUUAUUUAAAAACUUAGUGGUUAGUGAUAUAAAAUUAAAUAAUAUAAAGGGAAUAAUUAUAGUAAUUGAUUCAAGUUCUAAAAAAUGGUCCAAUGGUAGUAUUGAGAUGGAAAAUUUAAUUAAAUUUUUAUAUAAUCUUAUAUCAAUAACAGAAAGAAAACAAAAUGGAAUAGAUUAUUUAUUUGCCGUUAAUAAAAAUGAUUUAUUUGAUUCAUUACCAGUUUUAAAAAUAAAAUCAAUCUUGGAGAGUGAAAUUAAUAAAUUAAUAAAUAAUGAAAUUAAUAAUAUAAAUAAAACUUCAGGAAUUGAUAAAGAAACAACCGAAAAAAAUGAAGAAGAAUUAGAAAAUAAUGAAAAUUUAAGAGAAUUUUGGUUAAGUAUUAUUGGAACUUCACAAAAUUUUAAAUUUGAAAAAUUAGAAGGUAAUAUGGAUUUUAUUGGUGGUAGUAUAUUAAAAAAUAAAAUUGAAAAAUGGGAAGAUUGGUUAGAUGAAAAAGUAAUGAAUCCAUAA